UAAACCGGGCUAACAUUGCAGAAGCUUAAGAACAAAAGGCUUUCUGGUUAGCUCAUAACAUUAUUCACAGAUUGAGUAAGAUUCAAAACAAAAGUGGCUCUGCUAAAGUCAUUUACAGACUGAGUACUAUAGCAUUGAUCUUGAGAUUCACAACAAGAGUGGAUUUGGUAAAGAGAUUGAGUGAUAGUCCUGUGAAGAUUCACAAGAGUGGAUUUGCUGAGAGAGUUAUAGUGCUCUGAAGGUUUAGAACAGCAGAGGAAGUGGUAAAGGCUUGCUUUCAAUACCAUUAAAGGCAAAGGUGGUGUUUUUGGUGAUUCUCCUGCCUCCUGGAUCAUAAUUCUGGUGGUAGCUGAUUUGGUGAGCAUUUGGGUGUUUGAUUUGGUCUUGCUGGCUUUACAAUUUAGCAGCUUGGAGAGGCGGUGUUGUGAAUUACAGGAGAUACAGUAGCUUUGAAGGAGCUCUUGACAUUGCAGUUGAAGGAACCUUUGCUGUUGACAUCACAGUAGCAUUGAAGGUGUUUGAAGUGCUUGCCCACCAAAGAGUUUUGGCCAUAUAAUAGUAUUGAAGGAGUUGUCGCUCGAUCUAGUAGGUGCUCUGGUCCAUUGAAAUUCAGCUUGAUCAUUGUGAUAUAGCUUAUAAGCUUAUAAUUGUGAGCCUAUAAGUGCCCGUUUCUGAAACUGCAAUUUCAAUCCAAAGAAAAGCAAUGGCACAGGAAGAGUUCACGGCCGAGAAGUUAUGCAUCAGUGGAGCUGGGUCUCCCAAUGACCCCUUGAACUGGGUCUGGGCAGCAGAAACAAUGAAGGGUUCCCAUCUGGAUGAUGUGAAAACACUGGUGAAAGAGUACAACAACCCCACAAUAAGGCUCCAAGGCUCCGGCCUAACUGUGGCCCAAGUAACUGCGGUGGCCCGGGUACCCGCUGCCCGGGUAGAGCUUGACCCGGCUGUAAAAGGCCGGGUUGAUGAGAGCUCUAACUGGGUGAUGGAUAGCAUGGCUAAUGGGACUGACAGUUAUGGGGUCACAACUGGUUUUGGGGCAACCUCGCACCGUCGGACACGACAGGGUGAGGCCCUGCAAAAGGAGCUGAUCCGGUUCCUUAAUGCUGGCAUGUUCGGCACAGGCGAGACCAACGUGCUACCCCUGGAGACCUCCAGGGCAGCAAUGUUGGUCCGGGCCAACACACUUCUCCAAGGCUUCUCGGGCAUCCGGUGGGACAUAAUUGAAGCCAUGGGGAAGCUUUUGAAUGCUGGGGUGACCCCGCGGUUGCCUCUCCGAGGCACCAUAACAGCCUCGGGUGACCUUGUCCCACUGAGCUACAUUGCCGGCGUGCUGACCGGCCGACCCAAUGCAAAGGCUGUCUGUCGAGACGGUUCCAUUCUUGGGUCAGCCGAGGCACUUAAGGCAGCCGGCGUGCCCGACGGUCCUUUUGAGCUGCGACCCAAAGAAGGGCUCGCGCUCGUUAAUGGGACCGCCGUUGGGUCUGGUCUAGCUUCCACUGUGCUGUAUGAUUCAAAUAUUUUGGUUCUUCUGGCAGAGGUUCUCUCGGCGGUUUUCUGUGAGGUUAUGCAGGGGAAGCCCGAGUUUACUGAUCACCUCACGCACAAGCUGAAGCAUCACCCGGGUCAGAUCGAGGCAGCGGCUCUCAUGGAGUAUUUGCUGGACGGGAGCUCCUACAUGAAGGCGGCUGCCAAGCUGCAUGAAAUGGAUCCACUCAAAAAGCCCAAGCAGGACAGAUAUGCUUUAAGAACCUCUCCACAAUGGCUUGGCCCACAGAUUGAAGUGAUCCGCAUGGCCACACGAAUGAUCCAGCGUGAAAUCAAUUCUGUGAAUGAUAACCCUUUAAUUGAUGCCGCUAGAAAUAAAGCCAUACAUGGUGGCAACUUUCAAGGAACUCCUAUUGGUGUUUCUAUGGACAACACUCGCCUUGCCCUUGCUGCCAUUGGUAAGCUCAUGUUUGCUCAAUUCAGUGAACUUGUCAAUGACUUCUACAAUAAUGGACUACCAUCCAAUCUAAGUGGCGGCCCCAACCCAAGUCUUGACUAUGGACUCAAAGGUGCCGAAAUAGCAAUGGCAUCCUAUACCUCUGAGCUACAAUUUUUAGCCAACCCUGUUACAAACCAUGUCCAGAGUGCAGAGCAACAUAACCAAGAUGUCAACUCCCUUGGCCUGAUCUCAUCUCGCAAAACUGCUGAGGCAGUUGAGAUACUAAAAUUGAUGUCAUCAACAUACCUAGUUGCUCUAUGCCAAGCUAUUGACCUUCGACACCUUGAGGAGAAUAUGUACUCGACUGUAAAACAAACAGUGGCACAUGCAUGCAAGAAGACAUUAACCAUGAACCUCCAAGGUGAGUUGUUGCCUUCACGUUUCUGUGAAAAGGACCUCCUCAAGGUUGUUGAAAGAGAGCCUGUUUUCUCCUAUGUUGAUGACCCUUGCAGUGCCUCAUAUCCUCUCUUCCAAAAACUUCGACAAGUCCUUGUUGAGCAUGCCUUGCAAAAUGCUGAUAAGGAAAAGGACUCCAACACUUCAAUUUUUCACAGAAUCAGUACAUUUGAAGAUGAGCUAAAAGAAAGCUUACCAGUCGAGGUUGAAAAAACUCGAGAGGCCUUUGAUAAGGGUGUUGCCCCAGUUCCCAACAGAAUCAAGGAAUGUCGAUCAUACCCACUAUAUGAGUUUGUGAGAUCACAACUUGGGACCUCAAUACUAGUAGGAACAAAAAGCCAGUCCCCCGGACAAGACUUUGAUAAGGUGUUGAUCGCCAUUAAUGAAGGCAAGCUAGUGGAACCUUUGCUCAAGUGUGUGGAAGGUUGGAAUGGUGCCCCAAUUCCAAUUUGAAGUUAAUAAAUGAUAAAAAUAAAUAAAAAUAAAUCCCCCACUAAACAUAUACUAUAAAACCUUCUCAUAUGAAGUGUAUAUAUAUACACAAUGUUUGUGGACUCCUCCAAAGAAUCUUUUCUUUGAGGAGGUAGGGCUAUUUUUGUAUUUUUUAAUGUAUGCAGAGUUUUACAUGCCUUGUACUGAAAGGAAAAGGCAAAAUUUGUAUGGUGUAACUUGUUGAGACACCUAAAGUUAUUUUCUCUAUGUGUCAUAAUGAUUGUGCACCGAGCACUAAUGAAUUGGAAUACCAUAAAUUAUUAGCAAACAUGCAUUUCAAA